AUGCCUCACAUCACCAACACCAGCACGAUCCACAAGUGCAUCGGCAAGACCGGCGGCGUAACGAUCAAGAACAAAGAUGGGACGGUAAAGAGCUUCAUCAAAGCCGGGAACUGCAGGCCGACCACGACCGGCUGGUGCGCCGUCCACGAGCACUUCUGCGCACGUCACGACUGGGUCUACUCUAAGAAAGACCAGUGCGUGAUGUGCCAGGGGGAGAAGAGGGCGAAGGCGGAAGCUUGGGAGCGGAACAAGCACAGGAAGCAGAGGACGCACGACGAGCCUAGGGCUGAGGACGAGAACGCGCCCGGAGGGGUAGGGGCAGAGGCGGCUGCUAGUAUGGGCACGGGUGUGGAUACGGCGCCGAAGAGAACGCCCGCGAAGAGGGGCCACGUCGGGUAUACAAGUACGAAGAAAAUGGUGCAGCGGAUUCGGGAGGAGAACAAGAGGGAUAAGGCCAGAGCACACAGGCGAGGGACGGAUCCGGAGGCGCCUGGGGGUGGGGAAUGA